AUGGUCUACGUGGUGCUGGGACUGGGGUCCCUGCUGGUGGGGGGGCUGCCCCUCCCCUGCCCCCCACCCUGCCAGUGCUACGACACCUCCAAGGUCUUCUGCUCGGAGGAGAAGAUGAGGGAGAUCCCAGCGGGCCUGCCGGGGAACGCCACCCAGCUCUUCUUCGUGGAGACAGCCCUGAGCAGCAUCAGGAGCAGGGCGCUGGGCUCCAGCACCACCCUCACCAAGCUGGUCUUCAUCAACAACCACAUCCAGGAGCUGGAGGCGGGCGCCUUCUGGGGGCUGCCCAGCCUGGCUGAGCUGGAGAUCUCGGGCAAUCCGCUGCCAGCCAUCAGCCCGGGGCUGCUGGCAGGGCUGCCCAGCCUCGCUGUACUCUCCCUGAGCUCCAACGCCAUCCACUCCUUGCAGCCGGGGCUUUUCGCCACUGCCUGCCGCCUGCAGGACCUGCGCCUGCGGGGGAACAAGAUCGAGGUGCUGCCCCCCGCCAUCUUCCGCCCGCUCCGCCGCCUCCAGGCCCUGGACCUCUCGCAGAACUUGCUGGCCGAGCUGCCCGCCGGGCUGCUGGCCCCGCUGGCCGCCCUCCGCAUCCUGAAGCUGAGCGACAACAUGCUGGCACAGCUUCCACCUGGUGCCUUCAGGACGCUGUCCCGGCUGGGCGAGCUCCACCUCGACGGCAACCAGCUGGCCGAGCUGCCGGCUGGGGCCUUCGCGGGGCUGGGCGCACUGCGGCGGCUGCAGCUGCAGCACAACGCCCUGGGCAGCCUGCGCCCCGACGCCUUCGCCAGCCUCCCCAACCUCACCUUCCUCAGCCUGGAGGGCAACCAGCUGGCCUCCCUGCCCGCCGCCCUCUUCCAGGGCACCCCGGGCCUCCUGCACCUCUCCCUGGCCCGCAACCAGCUGCAGGCGCUGCCCCCGGGCGUCUUCGCCAACCUCUCGGCGGUGCAGAGCCUGGCGCUCUCCCACAACGCCCUGGCUCGCCUCCCCGCCGAGGCUUUCCGGGGGCUGGUGGGGCUGACGGCGCUGCAGCUCGGCCACAACAACCUCUCCAGCCUGCCCCCGGGGCUGCUGGACGGGCUGCCCAGCCUGGCCACGCUGGGGCUGGAGCACAACCGCCUGCCCCGCCUGCCCGCGGGCUUCUUCGAUGCCAACGAGGAGCUGGUGCGUGUGGAGCUAGAGGACAACCCCUGGGCGUGCGACUGCCGCCUCGCCUACCUCCUGGGCUGGCUCCAGGUCUUCGCCGACCCCCUCCUCCACGUGCAAGCCUUCUGCGCCAGCCCGGCCACCCUCCAGGGCCAGCCCCUCCUGGAGGUGACCCACAGGCAGCUGGCGUGUGCCAAAGAUGAGGGCUGGGACGCGGUGCCCGGGGAGGAUGCACCAGGGCAGUGCACCUACAGCAACCCCGAGGGCACCCUGCACGUGUCCUGCAAUGCCACGAGCUGCCAGCGGCUCAGCCUUCGCUUCCCUCCUCCUCCUCCCAGCCAGGCAGCGGGGCUGGGGACCAAGUACCGGGGUGCCUGGGUGCUGCGCUCCCCCUGCGGCACGCUGCAGGUCACCGUCCUCGUCACGGCGCAGGGCCCGGAGGUGACCACACCACCAGGGCUCCCUGCUACACCCUAG